GUGACAGCGAGGAUUGGGCGGGGGCGGCGCGGGGAAGAGAGGCUCGGGCUCGGUGUCGGUUCUAGGCGCGGAGACGUAGGCCCUUGGUGGCUGUGUUUCCACGUGCGCGCCGUCCUUGGUUUGGGGCGGGGUCGCAAUCACCUGAACUCCGGGUUAAUGUGUUUCGUCGGUUGUAGCCUGAGGGCAGACCUUCCUCCCCGUGGACCUCGGGUCUUGUGAGUGUCACGGUGUCCCCGGAAGUGCCGGCCCUGGAGAGACCCUCUGGGAGCGUCUGGUGGCCCGGCCAGCCUUCCCAUUUUACGUGCGGGGAGACAGGCCUGGAGACCGAAGUCACUUGACCAGGGUCGCGCAGCCAGUGAAGGCCGAGCCGAUUUGUAGAACUAGGCCUGGAGUUCGUUGCUGUUCGGUGCAGCACGGUCCGAGACGGAAACCGUGGAACCUGGAGGCGAGGACCUAGCAUUCCAGGUGUGCCCUGUGCUCUUCUGCAGUGUCGCUGGGCCGGUGACCGCACAUCCCUGAGUUUACCUCGUCUGCACAAGUGCUUCUCUGGGCCGGGUGUCAUGAAAGGCCUGCUGUCAAGAUGCAGAGCACUGCCCGUCCUGGCCACCUGCAGCCACCAGCUCUCUGGGUCCGGUCCUCACAGGUUUUACCACUGUGACCCCGAGAGAGGGAAGCGCUUGGUGCUGUCUCGCAUGUUCCAGCCCCAGAACCUUCGGGAAGACCAGGUGCUCUCUCUCGAGGGCACAUCUGGCGACCUGACCUGUAAGAGCCAGCGGUUGAUGCUGCACAUGGGCCUGAUCCACCCAGCAAGCCCCGGCUGUUACCACCUCCUGCCUUACACCGUGCGAGCCAUGGAGAAGCUCGAGCGGCUGGUAGACCAGGAGAUGCGGGCCAUCGGGGGGCAGAAGGUCAACAUGCCCAGCCUCAGCCCAGGGGAGCUCUGGCGAGCCACCAACCGGUGGGACCUCAUGGGCAAGGAGCUGCUAAGACUUAGAGACAGACAUGGCAAGGAAUACUGCUUGGGACCCACUCACGAGGAAGCCGUCACAGCCCUGGUCGCCUCCCAGAAGACAGUGUCCUACAAGCAGCUCCCGUUCCUGCUGUACCAGGUGACAAGGAAGUUUCGGGACGAGCCCAGGCCCCGCUUUGGUCUUCUCCGUGGCCGGGAGUUUUACAUGAAGGACAUGUACAGCUUCGACUCCUCCCCGGAGGCCGCCCUGCACACCUACGGCCUGGUGUGCGAGGCCUACGGCAGCCUGUUCCGCAGGCUGGGGCUGCGGUGUGUCAGGGUCCAGGCGGACGUGGGCAGCAUCGGGGGCACCGCGUCUCACGAGUUCCAGCUCCCGGCCGACAUCGGGGAGGACCGGUUUGCCGUCUGUCCCGGCUGCGGCUUCUCAGCCAACAUGGAGACACUGCGCUGGCCGCAGACUGACUGCCCGGCCUGCCGGGGCCCACUGACCGAGGCCAGAGGCAUCGAGGUGGGGCACACGUUUUACCUGGGCACCAAGUACUCCUCCAUUUUCAAUGCCCAGUUCACUGAUGCCCAGGGCAGGCCGUGCCUGGCUGAGAUGGGCUGCUACGGCCUGGGCGUGACGCGGAUAUUGGCCGCUGCCAUUGAAGUGCUGUCUACGGAGGACUGUGUUCGCUGGCCCGGCCUCCUGGCGCCUUACCAGCUGUGCCUCAUCCCCCCGAAGAAGGGCAGUAAGGAGGAGGCGGCCGCCGAGCUCAUGGACCACCUGUACGACCUCAUCACGGAGGCCUUGCCACAGCUCCGCGGGGAGGUCCUGCUCGACGACAGGACCCAUCGGACCAUUGGAAACAGACUAAAAGACGCCAACAAGUUUGGCUACCCCUUCGUGAUCAUUGCGGGCAAGAGGGCCCUGGAGGACCCGGCACAUUUUGAAGUUUGGAGCCAGAACACCGGUGAGGUGCUCUUCCUCACCAGAGAGGGAGUCACGGAAUUUCUGAGCCAAGUGCAGGUUGUCUGAAAGCCCUGAGCCACUCCCACCCCAUCCUGCAGCCUUGGUGUUCAUUCUAAUGCUGCCUUUUCCUACACUCCCUUCCAGGGCCGGUCUCUCCAGAAACAAGGCAGCUCAUGGAAGGCGGGAGCGUGUUAGGGAAACUGACUUCUAUCCAGUCCUUUGUUUAGACUAUUUGUAUUUCAAGUCGGUGAUUCCAUUCUCUGGGCUGACCUUGCUGCCACAUACCAUUCCUCUUCCAUUCCAGUGUGGAGCUUCUGUGAGGAGGCAGGGGGCAAGAAAGAGCUGCUCCUCUUGGCCCUUGGGUGAGUCACUUCCCUUCUCAUGUAGAGGGUGGGAGUGGCCGGUGGCCAAGGCCCUCCCAGCUCCAGCAGUCUGACCCCUGGCCUCUUGCUGCACUUUGGUCUGAAGAGCAGGCCCACCAGCCCUGCUCCACUUGGACAAGUCCCUUCUCCUGCUGGGGCCUCAGAUUCCCCAUCUGUGACAUGAGAAAAUGGAACUAGAUCUCUAAAGUCCUUACAGCUGUCGCCGGCGGAUUCCACAAGAGGUUCAUGACAGGCAGAUCUGGUUCCUCUGAUCCUCCAUAGUCUAAGCUACAUAGAAAGUUGAUAGAAUUAGCUAAUCGCCCAAAACACCACCUCCAGAGAUGUGGCCCUAUUGAGGCGGCUGAGUGCUGAGAUCCUGUUCUGCUCAUUGAAUAAAGUCAGGCUACCGGGACGAGCCUUGCCUGUUCAUGAACGGUGGUAAGGCCUGCCGUUUUCACCGUGAGCGGCUUCCUACCUGAGACUCUUCUGUCCUUUCUUUUUCUACUAUUUCUACACUCUACUCGAAUAAAAAAACCCUACCUU